UUGACACAACUUGAUGAGGCGUUCGUCGACUUCUGGAGUGACGCUUUACUCGAUCCCAUUGCGUCUGACUGGCCGAACUUCGUUGUUUGCCAGCUUAAGCCAUUUGCACCUGCUGAGGAUGGCAGGAAGCCGAUCAACUGGCUUAUCCUCGAGCAGGUCUUCACUCGUCCACCGCCGCCGCCUGAGCCGCAGCCCGCCUCGCCGACGACUCCUAACCGUGCAUCCUCACCACGGCCCUCUCUG